GCUAUAGCAUUAACCAUGUCUUCCUUCAAAUCUUAUGGCAAAGUUGAUGAAUCAGAGCAAGCCAUGCUCGAAGUUCGGCGCAAAACCCGAAAGAGAAUCACGAUCAUAGCCUUGUCCACAAUAGUCCUCAUUGGAGUUUUGUGUGCUGCAGUGUUUGGAACAGUUGCUCAUAACAACAACAAGAACUCAAAUGAUGCUGAAAACAAUGCCGCUUCUGUUUCCAACUCAGUGAAGGCUGUUUGUGAUGUGACACUCUACAAGGACGCCUGCUACAGCAGUCUUGGUUCUCUUGCACACUCGGGUCAGGUUCCACCUGAGGACUUGUUCUUGUUGUCUAUUAAGGUGGCCUUAGCUGAGGCUUCUAAGGCUGCUCAGUAUUUCUCUGAGAAAGGAGGGUUCAGUGGCUUGAAUGUUGAUGACAGGAUCAUGGAAGAUUUUAAGAACUGCAAGGAUCUUCUGGGUCUUGCAGUUGAUCAUUUGAAUAGCUCUCUGGCUUCUGGUGGGAAGUUUUCCUUGGUUGAUGUCUUGGAGGAUCUCAGAACUUGGUUGAGUGCUGCAGGUACUUACCAGCAAACUUGCAUUGAUGGCAUUGGAGAGGCAGAAGAAGCAUUUAAGAGCAGUGUAAUCAAUAUUCUGAAAAAUUCAACAGAGUUCACCAGUAACAGUCUUGCCAUCGUUACAUGGCUUGAAAAGGCUGCAAGCAGUGUGAAACUGAGGCGCUUGUUGAGUACUUUGCCACACAAAGAUGAAGAGCCAAAAUGGCUUCAUUCUAAAGAUCGAAAGAUGCUACAAGCUGAUGAUUUGAAGAAGAAAGCUAAUAUUGUUGUAGCCAAAGAUGGCAGCGGAAAUUUUAAAACAAUCGCUUCUGCACUUGAAGAUGUCCCUGAGAAAAGUGACAAGAGAACUGUGAUCUAUGUGAAGAAGGGGAUUUACAAUGAAAAUGUGAGAGUGGAGAAGACCAAAUGGAAUGUCAUGAUCAUUGGUGAUGGUAUGAACGCCACCAUUGUAUCUGGAAGCCUUAACUUUGUGGAUGGCACCCCAACAUUUUCCUCAGCAACAUUUGCUGUGUUUGGGAAGAAUUUCAUUGCUAGGGACAUGGGAUUUCGCAACACAGCUGGUCCACAGAAGCACCAGGCAGUGGCACUGAUGAACACUGCUGAUCAAGCAGUUUACUAUAGGUGUCAAAUUGAUGCAUUUCAGGACAGUCUCUAUGCUCAUUCAAACCGCCAAUUCUACAGGGAAUGCAACAUUUAUGGCACAGUUGAUUUCAUUUUCGGUAAUUCUGCAGUUGUCCUCCAAAACUGCAACAUUUUUCCAAGGGUGCCUAUGCAAGGUCAGCAGAACACCAUAACAGCACAGGGCAAAACUGACCCCAACAUGAACACAGGAAUUUCAAUUCAAAAUUGCAGCAUUUCACCCUUUGGGGACUUAAGUUCUGUGCAGACAUACCUUGGAAGACCCUGGAAGAACUUCUCAACCACAGUGUUUAUGCAGUCCUCAUUGGGGAGUUUCAUCAACCCAAAUGGAUGGUUACCAUGGAUAGGAAACUCAGCACCAGAUACAAUAUUUUAUGCAGAAUUUCAGAAUCUUGGACCUGGAGCUUCAACUAAAAAUAGGGUCAAGUGGAAGGGUUUGAAAACCAUUACAUCUAAACAAGCUAGCAAGUUUACUGUCAAAACUUUUAUUUCAGGGGAGAAAUGGAUUCCAGCUUCGGGUGCCACCUUUAAAUCUUCUCUGUGAUCACUUUGAUACACAUAAUACAACAUAUGAUGCAAAUUCUAUCUGUAAUAUCUUCAAAUUUCCCAUUUUUUUUCUUUUUAUCAUUGAUUUGAUUCUAUAUACAGAUUAACUCAA